AUGACCCAAAAGACAUCACAGCUUUGUUCCAGAGCCAAUGUUUAUACUCAAGUGCCUGACGGAGGAUGGGGCUGGGUGGUGGCUGUGUCUUUUUUCUUCGUUGAAGUCUUUACAUACGGCAUCAUCAAGUCAUUUGGCGUCUUCUUCAAUGACUUAAUGGACAGUUUUAAUGAAUCUAACAGCAGGAUUUCGUGGGUCAUAUCAAUAUGUGUAUUUGUCUUAACAUUCACAGCUCCCCUCUCUGCUGUCCUGAGCACUCGUUUUGGGCACCGUCUCGUGGUGGUGGCAGGGGGCCUGCUUGUCAGCACGGGAAUGGUGACCGCCUCCUUUUCCAGGAAGCUGUACCACAUGUACAUUUCAAUCGGCAUCAUAUCCGGUUUGGGAUUCUGCUUUAGCUUUCUACCAACUGUCACCAUUCUAUCCCAGUACUUUGACAAAAGGCGCUCCAUGGUCACUGCAAUUGCUUCCACGGGAGAAUGUUUCGCUAUGUUCGCUUUCGCCCCAGCAAUCACGGCUCUGAAGGACAACAUUGGCUGGAGAUACAGUCUCCUCUUCGUGGGCUUGCUGCAGCUGAACAUUGUCGUCUGCGGGGCGUUGCUGAGACCGAUUAUCAUCAAAGGACCGGGGUCCCCGAAAGCAACCGCACACGAACACCGGAAAGAAGUGCAAUGCAUGCUCGAAAAUGAGAAAACACGCACCUCAAUAGAUUCCAUUGACUCAGGAGUAGAAUUAACUACCUCACCAAAAAAUGUGCCUAGUCACGCCAACAUAGAACUGGGGCCGAAGGCCAAUGUGCAGCUGGUGAAGGCCAGCUCCAAGCGGAGCGAUAAGAAAGCCCCUCUACUGGACUUCUCCAUCUUGAAAGACACAAGUUUUAUCUGUUAUGCGUUGUUCGGUCUUUUUGCAACCCUGGGAUUCUUCGCACCUUCCUUGUACAUCAUUCCCUUGGCCAUUAGUCUAGGCAUCGAACAGGACCGCGCUGCCUUCUUAUUGUCCACCAUGGCGAUUGCUGAAGUUUUUGGAAGGAUCGGGGCCGGCUGCAUCUUCAACAGAGAGCCCAUCCGGAAGAUCUACAUUGAGCUCAUCUGCGUCAUCUUAUUGACUGUGUCUCUGUUUGCCUUUACUUUCGCUACUGAAUUCUGGGGUCUGAUGUCAUGCAGCAUAUUUUUUGGGUUCAUGGUUGGAACGGUAGGGGGUACCCACAUUCCACUGCUUGCCGAAGACGACGUCGUGGGGAUCGAGAAGAUGUCUUCUGCGGCGGGAGCCUAUGUCUUCAUUCAGAGCAUAUCAGGACUGGCGGGACCACCUCUUGCAGGUCUGCUGGUGGACCAGAGUAAGAUUUACAGUAGAGCUUUCUACUCGUGUGCAGCUGGCACGUCUGUGGCUGCUGGGUGCCUCGCGCUUGUGAGACCUUGUAAAAAGGGACCAUGCCAGCGUCAUCCUGCAGGCGAGGCCCAGGCCGAGAAUCCUCGUGGGAAAGCUUUACAGGACAUACCCGAAGACUUUCUCGAAAUGGACCUCGGGAAAAAUGAGCAUAAAGUUCACGUGACCAUGGAGCCAGUAUGA